UUCCCGCUACAUUUGAUACCACCACCAAUCAUGUCUGUGCCUACCACGCAGAGGCCGCCGACUAAUGCUCUGCCCAAGUUGCAUGCUUCAGACUCGAGAGAGACUGCCAGCCGUCUGCGUAGACGGCAGGCCAGCCAGCCGAGCGGCAAGCCAGCCCAGCCAGCCGAGCAGGCGUGGAGCCCUGCCAUGCACUCGGAGGGGGGAGGGCGGCCGCCGAGGGCCAAACCCUGCAGACGCAGCGGAGAGCUCCGGGCGGGCAGCGGCGGGCGGCGGAGCCCGGUCGGGCCGUGCGGAGCGGGGAAGGAGCAGGCGGCGGCGAGGGAGGGGGAAGAGGGGAGGAAGAG